AUGGUGUCUUCGCUGGUGCCCCCUAAAGUGAGUCGUGCUAUUGGCGGCGCGGCGGAUGCAGCGCGCAUGGAACGAGUCAUUUCCUUCUACGAGAAACUCCCCCGUGGAUCCGCACCGGAAGCCAAGCCAAGGGGCCUUUUGCAGUGGUAUCAGCACAAGUACAUGGGCAAGAACCCGCGAGCGAUGCCGCUGGUACAUCUCAUCGGAGGCCUGGCACUUCUCGGAUAUGCGCAGAAUUACUACUUCCAUCUCCGCCACCACAAGAACAAUGCGCACUAG